AUGAAGAAUGUGCUUGUAUUGUUCAGUAGCAGGUCCAAGCGGCACUCCAGUGCUGACGGUUUUGCUGGUCCGCUAAGCAGCGGAGAUAGCACUGCUGGGCGGGCCAGCAGCGUCGUGAAACAGGAAGUCGCCCGGCUGAAGGCCGCCGAGGAGGCCCGGAAAGCCCGCGAGGAGCGCCUAGCAAAGCUCAAUCCUUUCUGUUUGGAUGCGACAAUUGUGGAGUGCCUUUCUGCUGGACAGGAGUCGGUGGAGGACAAGGUGAACGCCUUCAAGCUGCUGUCGCAAUGUGGCCUGAAAAACAUUGUCCUUGCUGCCUUCGUCAAGGAAAAGACUCCAGACCUAAAGUUUCUUCAGGCGAGUUUCAGUUUGGGAAGGGUUUGCAAGGCUUUUCCUUGA